UGCGCCGACUGUCGGAUAUUGUAUGGGAACCAUCGGAAGUUACUCACGACUGAACAAUCUGAUAACAAUCUGAACAACAUUUUCGUAUCCAUUGAUUUGUUAAUAGGAGACCGUUUGUUAUACAUGAAUGUGAUGAAGCAAUGUAUUUUAUGUUAAGUGAAAUGUGCUUCAGUGAUUGCGUAUCCUGCGCAAACGCAAUAAUCGUACAGUGAAACACUAAACCCGACUCAGUGGCGUUGAAGCCACGUCCGAGGAUGGCCGCUUCGUGGUAUUCCAUCGCGUUCCUCGCAGUCACAGCUCUUGGAGCAUCCAUCGGUCCGAAGAAGCAAUUGCAAUCGAACGUUUUAGACCGAUCGGGGUGUGGUAGAGUAUGGGUGACAGUCCACUCUCCCAGCAUCCGAAGGCCCGGAGGAGAUCUUCUCGACGCUAUCGAACUUAACUGGGAAUUCACCACGUGCUCAAACAAACCGACGCAGAUCGGCCUCUUCAAUCACAAGCCGUCGAUGUGGGCCAACUCAAUCGCCAUGUAUCAAGUGAAUUCACCAGAGGGUCAUGUAAUAACAAACAUAUCUCUCGGCGAUGCGUAUCUUCCCGGAGGCUGGGACAAAGGCGCCGGGGCGAGGGGACCCAAUUGUCUCUGGCCAUGGGCGGGAGCGGGAGAUAAACACAUACAAGCAACCAACUGUCUGAAGAUUCAACCAACUUGGAUGGAAGACAACGCUGAGAGUAUUAACAAAUUGCGUAUCGGAGAGCUUGCCAUCCCGGGAUCCCAUAAUGCUGGUGCUUGGAAAUUCGACACCGAAAUCAGCACAGUCUCACGGGAUAGCUUCGUGCUGUGUCAGGACAGAUCCAUCUGGCAGCAGCUGGUCCACGGGAUAAGAUAUUUCGAUUUUAGGAUAGCGUAUUAUGAUUUCUAUCCGCGAAUGGAAGACAGAUACUGGCUGAAUCACAACUUAAUCCGUGUUCGGCCAUUGGUGCCACUUUUGAAAGAAAUAAGAAAAUUUCUUGAUAACACUAAAGAGGUAAUUUUUCUCGACGCACACCAUUUUCCGGUUGGUUUUUAUCAUCAGAACGGGGCACCGAUUUGGGAGGUCCACAACGGUUUGAUACAAAUAAUACAAAGAGAGCUGGGACCUCAUCUAGCAUCAGCCUCCCAGUUCGGGACCAACCCUGGCACUAGAGGCCCGACACUCCAAAGCCUCGUCAAUGCUGACAAACGCCUGGUCUUUAGUUAUGUUGACAACAGCAUAGUCCUUGGUAACAGAUGGUUAUGGCCUAUUUUACCUCACCUCUGGGCGAAUACGAACAAACCAGUCGAGCUUUUCAACUUCUUAGAUCGCAACAUCAAUAAUCAUCCGUUGCCAUCAGCUCGCUCUCCGCUUUUCUCUGCCAUGGCUCAAACAACACCAACUGUGUUCGACAUUCUUUUUCUGCGCGGAUCUUUGAGAGAAAAUGCUGAUACUGUAAAUCGUCUUGUAACAAAACGACUUACUACUCUCUGGCGACAUAAUGCCAAUAUUGUCUCCUCGGAUUUCUUUUUAGGCAACGAUGUCAUCGAUGUAUCAAUAGCUCUUAGCGUGGAGCGAUCAAAUAGAUUAUGACGAAGAAAUCACUUAAGAAGUGGGGGCAUUGUAGUCAACAAAUAUCGUCCUCGACUUGAAAAGAGUGGACGUCGUCACCAAAGAUUUACGCUAGCUAUACAUAAUAGAGACCGCACGAUAAUGCUUCCUUGAUUGUAUCUAUACUACUUUCUUACUGUUUGUACAUUAUAAAGUAAAUAAUAAAAUGUAACUGCCUAACAUUGUGAUGUAAAAUAGAGGAAAAGUGAUAUAUUUUAAGUAUUCAAUUUAGUCGUUAAGAUUGAACUAGUCCAUCGUUACGUGUUAAGAA